UGCUCAGGGACUCGUGUCGAAGUACUUUAAAAAACUCAAAAAAACAAACAAGUCUAUUUUCAUAUCAAAACAAACUUUUAGCAUUUAAAACCUUGGCAUAAACAUGCCGAGAGCUAGUCAAAAGAGGAGUCAAGCUGCCAGCCAAGCUGAGGUAUAAUAUAAAUAGUUUUGGUGGAGGUUGCUUGAGUUUUAACGAGGUUUUUCGAGCUGGAAUAUGUCGCUUUAAUUUUGUCAUUUUUGUGCAGGAAUCGCAAGGCAGCCAGAAACGUGGAAGGAAAAGACGUGAUCCUACGGAUGAUGGGGAAGAAGGCGGUACACAGUCUUCUCAAGCCAAGAAUGCACUCAGUAAAAGCGAAAUGGAUCGAAAGGUUUGUAAAAGUCACAAUUUGUUUGCGCAUUUUAGUUGCAGAACCCCCCCCCCCCCGGAUUGAUUCUUAAAUAAUAUUUCUUUGAAGUUCAGAAUUAAACAUUUGAAUGCUUAAACACUAUACUCUUGCAUGUAAUGUCUUGCUGUCUACUCUUGAAUGUAAUGUCUUGCCGUCUUGUAUUCGCUGCACACUUUCCAUUACCCUGCGAGCAGAGCCUUAUUUUCGUUUCCAUAAGAAGACUAUGAGUCCAUGAAAUCAUGAAAUCAAUUCAUUUGAAAUGAAAUCUGCUGUGUUGGUGUAAUGUACUCAGGUGAAUAAGAUGUUUGUGUGAUGUUACUCUGAGUGUAUAUCCACACCGGGCAGGCUUGAAAAAUAUGCCUGGCCACGGCGGGAUUCGAACCUACGACCUUUGGAACACUAGCCCAAUGCUCUUCCAACUGAGCUACGCGGUCAGGACGGUUCGAGUAUGCGAUAUUUCGGAACUGAGUCUAGUUCCUUCGAUAUUAGUGUAAUCUAAUAAUCAUGAAAUCUGCUGUGUUGGUGUAAUGUACUCAGGUGAAUAAGAUGUUUGUGUGAUGUUACUCUGAGUGUAUAUCCACACCGGGCAGGCUUGAAAAAUAUGCCUGGCCACGGUGGGAUUCGAACCUACGACCUUUGGAACACUAGCCCAAUGCUCUUCCAACUGAGCUACGCGGUCAGGACGGUUCGAGUAUGCGAUAUUUCGGAACUGAGUCUAGUUCCUCAGUUGGAAGAGCACAGUUGGAAGAGCAUUGGGGGCAUAUUUUUCAAGCCUGCCCGGUGUGGAUAUACACUCAGAGUAACAUCACACAAACAUCAUUUGAAAUGCUCAUGAAAUUUGCCAUGAAUUAACUGCCCCCCUGUUGCAACUUGCAAGCUACACAGGCCCUGCUCCGGCUGCUCGAUUUGCUUGCAGCCGAGUAACUGCAAAUUAUUUUUAGUUAGGGAAAGUACAUUUAUUAUGCCGAGGGGGGCGAUGGAGAUGUCUUGAAAAAAGCUCAUAUUUUUACAGGGUCCCUGUUGAGGUUAUUUGGUAAAUUUUCGAUGCCCCCCCCCUCCAAAUUUUUAAGAUUUUCAAUGCUCGUCGUAUGCUUUUCUUGUUUUUGGAACUGCUACUUUUUGGCGGGUAAAUUACUUCGCAAACCUGGCGCCAAAAAAAUUAAAAUAAGCUAUAGGUGAUUUCAUGUAUCCAUUUAGAAGAGCAGAUGCCCCAUGUUGCUAUGAUGUUUCAAAGGUGUGUCAAUCUUUAUGUACUGUAGGUGGCUGAUUUUGUGAGAUACAUGCUAUUUAUGGAUUCAAAGAAAACUCCUGUGAAACGUGCAG